GCUGUCGCUGGCCAACAUGGACUUUCAACUCCCUCAACAAAUUUUCUAUGGGGUUAAGGUCUGGACACUGGCUCGGCCACUCCAGGACCUUGAAAUGCUUUUUACGGAGCCACUCCUUUUGUAACAGUCUCUGUUAUAAAUUCACCGUUAGUCUGUCAUUUAUAUUUUAUCAUUACGCCAUCUAGUGGACAAAUAAGUAACCGGAACAAAUGUUUAUGUAAGAUUCCACCCGACCCAAUUAGUUGGCGCACGCAGCUCACAGCGCUCUGCCACAGACUUGUUUUGUAUAUCUCCGGUAAGAAUGUUAAAAUUUGUGUGAAAUAAUCAUUAAAUAUAAACAGAUUUUUUAUUGUUUGUAAACUUUAUUUGUUCAGCUAUAAAGAGAGACAAUUUGGAGCCAUAUGAAGGAAUUUAGCCCCUCAUGGGUAGCUCACGAGUUCUCACGGGUUGUCAAAGGAGAAUAAACUCUGUUAUAACUACCUCGUGCUCAUGCUACAUCCAUUGAGGGUGCUACAGUGAGAACUCAUCUGCUCCGCAUGGGUAGACGAGACGGUGCCAGCGCCAGGGUCGAGAGGGACGACAGCGCCUCCAUUAACCAUAGCCAUAUGCACAACAAGACGCUACAGUGGCGGGAAAUCCAGGUUUUCUCCAAUGAAUGCUAAUAAAGGGCAUUUCAUCAAGAUAUUUUGAUAAGCACAUAAGAGAAGUUAAACGUGUGAUAAGAAUUAAGAAUAUUAAGAUAUUUUUUGUUUUUUAUUUUGAUCAAAGGACUGAGAUUAAUGUAAUUUAUUUUGUGCUCAAGUUGAAGUGAUUUUCUACCAGGUUGACAUUUAUUUUGAGCAAAGUAAUCUGUAUUUUAUUUCAAGGUCAUGAUUCUCAGUAACAGUAAUUACGAGGUGAAGUAUUACUGAUUUGCUCAAGAAAUGUAAUCGCUGCUAAGCAUACAGAGAUUUAAGUUAAACUUUAAAUUAUAUCUUCUGAAACAAGACAUUUUACUGUGAUAUUAAGUUAAAGGUGCAGCGUUAAUCAAAACAAUAUUUAGUUGAAUACUAAACAAAGGACAAAAUACUUACUUGAAACUAAAUUAUUACUUUCAAAUUUCCUAAAUUUAAGUUAACUAAAACUAAACAUGGCAGAAUUUGAAGUUUUCCCCGAAGUGGAUGAAGAUUGUAAUGAGACACUCAAGAUGAAGGAGCAAACCCCAGAAGCUGAAUGCAAUGGAGAUGAUAUCCCUACUACCUCACAAGAUGCACGAAGAAGCCAAAGAGUCCGCACGUUUACGGAAAAGGGGCAAGAGCUGCACGAUGAUCAGGUAAAGAAGGCCACACAUUGUUUCAGCAUGUGCUACGAGAAGUGGAAGGCUGUCACUAAAGAGGCUAAAAGGGCUAUGGAUGGUCAAUGCUCAACGAAUCUUCUGCAUGAAUAUGUCACUAAGGUAACAAGUGCUGCAAACACUGUCUUUACUGCAUAUGAUGAUGUAAGACGCAUUUCCUCUCCUGACAAUGACACAAGGCGCAGGAUGGACACAUGUGAAGCAGUAACAAGAACUAUGACUCAAGCAGAAGAAAGGUCCCAAAAAACAGGAAAAUUAGAAGGUAAGGGAGAAGAGGAAGCUUGGAAAGGUGCAGAAUCAGUGUUUAAGUCUGUUGCAUCAUCAAAGAGGAGUGAAAGGUCCUCACGUUUGAAGUCACUUUCCUGUCAUUCAAGCAGGAACUCUAGCAGAAGACAAGAAGCAGCUGCUGAAGUUGCUGCAAAUGAAGCUGCCCUGAAGGUUCUUCUUGAACAAGAAAAUAAAAUGAAGGAAAUUGAAAGACAAGAAGCGGAGAUUGCGCAGAAACAAAGAGAGCUGGUAGCAAAGCGCAGAGAAGUAGAGCGGCUGGAGACAAUAAAGGUGCUCGAAGCUGCCAAAGCAAGACAGCAAGUGUAUGAACAAAGUGAAUGUUCAGAUGAAGAAAUACAUGACCUACUUCACCAGCACAUCUCUGACAAGGAAAAUGAAGUUAAAUCCACAAAUUAUGAUUUACCCCUCAGGUCGUACUUUGCACCUACAAAUGUGAAUCCUACACAGGAAGUGAACACAACAGAGCUGGUUAAAGCCUUUGCAGAGUCUCUCAGUGCAAGUCGUCUCCCAGUCCCAGAGCCAACAAUAUUCAGUGGCGACCCACUCAGGUACAAUGACUGGAAGAUCUCCUUUCAGACUUUGAUUGACAGGAAAGGUAUACCAGCUGAAGAAAAAACUUACUACCUGCGAAAGUACGUGAGUGGACCUGCCAGGAAGGCCAUAGAAAGCUACUUUCUGCUUGGCACAGAGUCAGCCUACUAUGCAGCAUGGUCAGUACUAGAAGAGAGAUAUGGCAAUCAAUUUCUCAUAGCGAAAGCAUUCAGAGACAAACUCGACGCAUGGCCAAAGAUCAGUUCUAAAGGCAGUGUGGAACUUCAAGAAUACGCUGACUUUCUUCGCAGCUGUAAUGCCGCCAUGUCACAAAUCAAAGGUCUCGAGGUGCUCAAUGACUGCAAUGAAAACCAAAAAAUGCUGGCAAAACUUCCUGACUGGCUUACAUCAAGUUGGAACAGAAAGGUUACGGAAUUGCAAGAACAGAGUUACAUAUUUCCAAGUUUCAGCCAUUUUGUGGAAUUCAUCUCACAUGAAGGCAAAAUUGCAUCUCUCUAUGCUCUGAAACCAAAUGAAAGUGACCGGUCAAAGAUGCCAAGGAACAGAAGCCAUGGAGCAAAGGUUAUGGCAGUUAACUCCAAUGAAAGGUCCACAAACCCAAGCUGUAUUUACUGUGAGAAAGCAGGUCACAGUUUACAUAGGUGUUUCAAGUUCAUGAAUGAAAACAUUGGAGAAAGACUGAAAUUCAUUCAAGAGAAGAAGUUGUGCUUUGGCUGCCUAAAGUCUGGCCAUCGCUCCAAGGAUUGCGACAACAGAGAAACCUGUGACACGUGCAAAAAGAAACAUCCAACAUGUCUUCAUGACACCCGCACUAAAGAAGAAAGAACUCAGACAAAGAGCAAUCAAGCAAAGAGCAGUGACAAGAUAAAACAGAAGAAAUCAGAUUCAAAUCAAGACACUAAUGUCACACAGGCUACAAAUUAAGCAACUUCUAACAGAC